AUGCAAUCCGUUCUGAAGCCAGUCAUCGGGCCCAAAAAAGAAGUCCACGAUCUCGGCGGUCGAGUCGCCCUGAUCACAGGCGGUGCGCUGGGCAUUGGAUACCAAGUUGCACGCACAUUCGUCCUCAACGGCGCCCGAGUGAUCAUGAUAAACCGUAAAGAAGACCAAGGCCAAGACGCCAUCGACAAAAUCAAGCAAGAAGCCGGUCCGACAGCGCAGAUCGAAUGGAUGGAAUGCGACAUGGGAAAUUUCCAGCAAAUAAAGGAUACGUUUACAAGUCUGCGGGAGCGGGAAGUACGUUUGGAUCUGCUCAUCCUCUCAGCUGGUAUCAAUGUGAACCAAUACGGUGAAACACACGACAAGAUCGAUCGCCAUUUUCAGGUAAACUGGCUUGGUCAGUACUACGUGUGUAACUUGCUGUAUCCGCUUUUGCGGAAGACGUCGAAGUUGCCUGAGACACCUGCUCCCAGAAUUGUCUGGGAGACAUCUGAACAGCAUCGCAUGGCGCCGUCGGUAGUUCAUUUCGGGUCGAUGGAAGAGAUUAAUGACCCAAAGGUUGGAAACCUUGAGUUGUACGGACGGACGAAGCUGGCUAUUAUUCUGGGGGUCAAGUAUGGGCUGUUAGAACGGGUGGUCAAGCCUAACAACGAUAACAUUUAUGUGCUUUCAGUGCAUCCCGGCGCGGUCAACACAUCAAUGCAGCAACAAUGGAAAGACGCAUACCCCGGACUCUUUGGAAAGCUCUUGACAACGAUGAUGCUCGCGAUUGGCCGAGAUCCCGAGCAAGGUGCAUUUAGCGCCCUGUGGGCUGCAACAAGCCCCGAAAUUGAAGAGAAGGGAUGGAACGGGUAUUACUUCUCAGACAGCUGCCAACCAGGAAAGGAGUCAAAACAAGCAUCUGAUCCAAAGCUUGGGUCUGCACUGUGGGAUCUCACGCAGCGGAUUAUCAAGGAUAAGGUUGGCGAUGAUGCAUUGGCGGAUUGGAAUGUGGCCUGA